GUAGUCCUGAUCAGUAUGAGCAAAAUAGUCGAGUUUGUUUAUUCAAUGUUAUGUUAUUGUUGGGCUAAUUAUUUAUACGCAAGUGUAAUUUUGGGGGCUGGUUCUCUUCACACCGAACCAAGUGUUUCUGUCAAUCAAGACUCAAACAAGAUGGCAGACAAAGGGAGCUGGACUUUAGCAUUAACAGUCUGCGCAGCUGCUUUUCUGUCGGUCCGGUCCGACAGCAUCACAGAGACUCCGGCGGGUCAGCUCUUCGUCUACGAGCUGCACAGAGAGAUCUUCCAGAGCGAGUUUGAGCCGUUUCAUAAAGUCUUCGGUCACGUCUAUAACGAUCCCAUGGUGUUUAAGUGUAAUAAGGAGCGUUUCCCAGACCUGCCCCGCUGGCUCCGCUUCACCCAGAGAGACCCGUACGAGAACGGCUUCCUGUACGGGACCCCGCUGACGCAGGACCAGGGCCGGAACAUCAUCGAGAUUUUCGUGACCAACAAGCGGAGCUACGACACGUUCAGGGAGCGUCUGGUGAUAAACGUGGGUCCUGCAGUCAAGCAGAUGCCGUAUCAGGCCGAGUUCUUCAUUGAGCUGAGAGAGAUCGAGAAAGUGCUGCCCUCUGCUGUCCAGGAGGAGAUCCGGCUGGACGUCCAGAAAAUGUGGAGAACUGAGAGACUGGACUUCAUCAACAUCAGCUCGGCUCUGGACCGAGGCGGCCGUGUUCCUCUGCCCCUGCCGGGAUACUUCGAGGGUGUGUACGUGAAGCUGGGUUCAGACCGGCCCUUCUCUGAGUGUCUGCUGCGUCUGUCCUCCUCCGAGCACCAGAGAGAGUGUGUGUCCGGAAGAAAGAUCAGCGGAGACUGCAGCACCUGCUCCAACCCUGCUAACUGUAUCAGCUGGUGUAGAUCAGAGCUGCUGGACCAGUCCAGGCCCGCUCCUCCGGCUCCGGCCCCGACCGAGGGCCCCGGAGUCCUGCCGUGGGCCGGAGAGUUCAUUCCCCCAGAGUCUCCUCCGGACAGAGACUUCUUCCCGGACUACAUGCUGACGGUCAUCGCUCCGCUGGCUCUGGUGCUGCUCCUCUGUCUGCUGCUGACCUACAUCAUGUGCUGCAGGAGAGAGGGAGUCCUGAAACGAAACACCAAGACUCCGGACCUGCAGCUCUAUCAUCAGCGCACCAUCCAGGGGAACGCCGGCGAGCUGCGGAGGAUGGCCGGCGGCGAGCGGAGCACCGUGGAUCGUCCUCGUCAGUGUCUACAGCCGCUGCUGAUGAACGAGCAGGCCAUGGCCCAGAGCUGAGCGCACGCUUAGAUAUCUCGCCAGUUACAGUCAAUACAUCAGAACAUCAUUUUUAAUCAGUAAUGUGCAUCGCCGAGGACUUCCUUUGGACAACUUUAAAGAUAGUUUAGACGUUUAUGCACCCUCGGAUUCUAGAUAUGCGAUAUUUCACAAUAACGGACCCUUAUGGUUGGUUUUUUGUUCUUCAGGGUCACAAAUGCUGUGGAAGGAGCCGCUCUGAAGAGUCUUUACGCGGCUCUUUUCCGUUCUGCACUCAUUGUCGUAAACAAGGACAGAAGAACUCAUGAAUCCUGAAUGCAUGCUGCUGGGCCGUGUUUCAGCGGUCUGUGUGAUGAACUGAACUGUUAUCUGUUCUUCACACAGAGCUCAGCUUCUUCAAUCACUAACCGGUUCAACCCUCGGUCGUUUGGUCACAACAUAAUAUUUAGGAAAUAUGAAAAACAGCCAUUUUCAAUCAACCAAUCAAGUAAACAGUCUUUGAUCACGUCUAAUAUACAGACACGGUCAAAUAAUAACCAGUAUAUUAUUAGUCUUUCUGAAGAUCACUGAAGACUGGAGUAAUGAUGCUGAAAUUAAUUACGGCUGUGCACAAGAAACAGAUAGCAAUAUUUCACAAUAUCACUGCUUUCGCUGUACUUGUGAUCAAAUAAACGCAGACUUGGUGAGCAGAAGAGACUCAAGAACGAAUAUCAUUGAAAGAAAAUAUAUCUGUUUGUUUAAAGCGUGCUGUCUUUGGUCGGUUUUGAGCUUCUUAUAUAAACUGUUUGAUGUGGAUAACGUUUAACAUUAAAUCCUUCCAUUAUUCUGUU